GCAUGCAGGCUGUUAUGUGUAUCACUAGAGGAAGGAACUCAUUCAGCAAAGAACGAAUUGCAGCGCUGUAGAGUCGCCUUUCUUCUUUUACUGUGCGUGUUGAGAUUAUUUUUUACAGGCCUGUGCUUAGCAUUCUGUCGUUGUGUGCGCUUGAGAAGCAGAGAUUUGCAGCUUUACUGCAGCGACGUGACGUGGACGAUAAAACCCUACGCUCGUGAGUGCGCCCUGCUCCCUUUUCGCCGGACAGUGUUCUUUGUCUUGAUAGCGCGAUAACAUGGCCCGAUCGUUAGUAUUAGCCGUGAUGCUGGUUGCCCUGGCCCUGUCGUGGAGCAGUAGGGCGAAUGCCCAAGAAGGCUUCAUAACCGAGUUUCCAACAGAAAAUGCAACCACCGAUACGUCGGAAGGUCAAGAAACCCGAGAGACAACUUCCGUAACUACGGUAGCUGAAGAAACCACCGAGCCUGUGACCACCCCAGAGCAGGCUUCGACUACUGAAGCAACGACAACACAGGCACCCACCCCAGCAACCACCACCCCAACAACAACCACCCCAGCAACAACCAUCCCAUCAGCCACCACCCCAGCAACAACCACCCCAGCAACGACCACCCCAGCAACCACCACCCCAGCAACCACCACCCCAGCAACAACCACCCCAGCAACCACCACCCCGGCAACCACCACCCCGGCAACCACCACCCCGGCAACCACCACCCCGGCAACCACCACCCCGGCAACCACCACCCCGGCAACCACCACCCCGGCAACCACCACCCCGGCAACCACCACCCCGGCAACCACCACCCCAGCAACCACCACCCCGGCAACCACCACCCCGACACCUACUACCACAGAACCCACGCCCCCGGCAGCUUCAACCCUACCAGCGACAACCGAGGCCGCUGAAACCACCCCUGGCUUGACCACCGUUGUCACGCCUUCCCAGGCUCCGGUCCCUAUUUCAAUUCACUCGGAAAGUGCAGCAAGUGAUGCCACCAGCGCUCCGACAGCAGCCUCCACCACUACCGUCGAUGGGAACGCUGAUGACAAUUCCGGUGGCGGAGUAUCGAGCGGUGUCGUCGUCAUCAUCAUCGUCUGUGUUUUGGUGGCAAUCAUUCUGGGUAUCAUCAUUGCAUUCGUUGUGGUGAGCAUGACGCGGAGAACGCAGGGAGUUUACGAGACCUGUGAAGGAGAAGAUUCACCCGGAAGCCAGGGUCAGCAGAAAGCGGAGGUUUUCCUAUAAAGGCUGUGCUGAGGCACGUUGGCCUUGGGCUUGACAUGCAUGGUUGCACUGCACAUAGGGCAGGCGUGAGCAUUAUUUUGCUACUCUAACCAUGUAUGUAACCUGUUACAUGUGUACGCUUUUGUGUAUGUGUAAGCUGUGUGCGUGUGCACGCGAGUGUGUCCAUGUGUGUGAGUGUCCGUGUGUGUGUGUGUGUGUGCGCGUGUGUCUGUGUGUGCACGUGCGUGUGUGUCCGUGUGUGUGUGUGUGUUCGGGUGUUUGUAAGAAAGAGAAAAAGAGACAGACAGACAGGGAGUGAGCGAGUGAACGUGUUUGCGUGCACGCACACGAGUGAACGUGUUUGCGUGCACGCACACGAGUGAACGUGUUUGCGUGCACGCACACGAGGGUACAUGUGUGCACAGUUAUAUCUACAUGCAUGCUCAGCCGCUAGCAAGUCUUUGAAUGCAUCCAGUAUCGGUGCGCAUCUAACUAGAGAGACCGAAGUAUGUAUUUUCGAGAGAGAGAGAGAGAGAGAGAGAGAGAGAGAGAGAGAGAGAGAGAGAGAGAGAGAGAGAGAGACCGCUUUCACCGCUGACAGUAUAAUAUCGGACGGAUGUUGUCACGUUAGUUCUAUCCCAGAAUGAGGAACACCAGUCUGCUGGGCAGGGAUGCAUGGCAUUCUUGUACCUGCACUGGGCAACUGAGUUCUGACAUCACUCCUAGCCAACACUCAGCAAUGUGCAGUCACGGACUGGCGCCAGCGAUACUGGCAGGAAAUCAUUUUCUGUUAGCAGCGCAUGCUGUUCUCUUCUUCCUUUCUUGCUAUGAGCAUCAUUGCUUUAGCCAUGGAGUCUUCCCCUUUACAGACAUUGUAAUUUGUAGGCUUUAGCACUAUUCUACUUCGGAUUAUAUUAGGGACACGAAGCCAUUUGCUCAACUCAGGCUUCGAAUUCUACAUGCCUUUAGCAUGGGUUUUGACUCGACUUCUUUCUGUAUUUUAUGAACCGCUCCAUUCACUCUAGCUCUCCUGCCGCUAUGUAUCUUGAAAGAUUUCAUCCUGUUGUACAAUCACUAAGGAUCUACUCCAGUAAUCUUGGUUGAUUGGCAGUUAUACAUGUGUCUGUGCA